AUGUCUCCACAAAAUCGCUUUGCCGCUAAUGUUGUUGGUAAAUUUCAUGAAGAAAAUCAGAAAGAAAGUAGUAAUAUAAACCUGAAAAGCAAUAGAGUAACUCGUGUAAAAAGUAAAAAAGGCCAAGUAGGUGGGUCAAACGAAAUAAGCAGUAAAAGAAUUGUAACAGAUGAAUUAGGUGAUGAAAUUGGUGAAACAA